AUGUUGAAGUUUGCAAGGAAACUCGAUCCCGAGCAACUGUUUACUCGACAAGAACGAAUUGGUCGUGGAUCCUUCGGUGAAGUUUAUAAAGGCAUCGAUAAUCGAUCUGGACAAGUGGUAGCAAUUAAAAUCAUCGACUUGGAACAAGCUGAAGAUGAAAUUGAGGAUAUUCAGCAGGAAAUUAUGGUUUUAAGUCAGUGUGAUUCACCAUACGUUACUAAAUAUUACGGGUCAUAUUUAAAGGGAUCGAAGCUGUGGAUAAUUAUGGAAUAUCUUGGUGGUGGAUCAGCGCUGGAUUUAACAAAAAGUGGAAAAUUGGAGGAAAUGCAUAUUGCAGUUAUCCUGAGGGAAAUUCUUAGAGGAUUAGAAUAUCUCCAUUCGGAGCGAAAAAUUCAUCGAGAUAUAAAGGCUGCAAAUGUACUUUUGUCCGAGUCUGGUGAUGUUAAAGUGGCAGAUUUUGGUGUCGCUGGACAAUUAACUGAAACAGUGAAAAAACGAAUAACAUUUGUUGGAACACCGUUUUGGAUGGCACCCGAAGUUAUCAAACAAGCAUCUUAUGAUUUCAAAGCGGAUAUAUGGAGUCUAGGCAUAACAGCAAUUGAACUCGCAAAUGGUGAACCACCGCAUUCAGAUUUACAUCCAAUGAGAGUGCUCUUUUUGAUACCGAAAAAUGCACCACCACAACUUAAUGGCUCAAACUGGUCGAGGGCUUUCAAAGAAUUCGUUGAAAUUUGUCUUAAUAAAGAUCCAGAAAACGUCGGUUUUCCGAGACCAUCUGCGAAGGAAUUAUUAAAGCAUCCAUUCAUAAGGCGAGCGAAAAAAAACAGUGUUUUAAUAGAGUUAAUCGAGCGGAGUGUUGAAUAUAAAUUAAGAAUAGGACCGAGCAGCGAUUCUGAUCAAGAUGAUGAUAAUGAUGCGGCCAAUGGGGAAGUUCCAUGGGAAUUUUCAACAGUUCGAACAUCUUCAGCGAAAACUAAUCAAGAUGACGAUAAUCAAAAUACAGUUAGAAUAAAAUUAAGCUGCAAUAAUCGACCAACAGUUAUUUCGCAAGGGUCGCCGAAGUCUGAUAUAAGCCCAGAUGGAACCAUUGUUAAUCGCAACAAUGAUUCUCGAAUCUCACAAAUAGCAAGUGAAUUGCGUCAGACUUCUUUUCGUUCCUAUGGUGUUUCUAACCAACCAAGUGGAUCUUCAUAUCAGAAUUUCCCAUCAUCGGUAAUUCCUAAUGGUGUUUCCAUUGGUGAUCAUAUUAUGAAUGCUACUACUAUUUCCGUUGCUUCUCCAACCAGCUCACCUACCUCUUCUUUAAACCGUACUUCUUCAAUUGCUGUUGGCUAUAGUCCUCAGCAAUCUUCUCAGAAUCAUGUCCGGCAUACAUCGAAUAUCGCAACAAAUGGUGUUCAAGCGUUAUCAAGUCAUCACUUUGUGAAUUCCCAAGUAUCCCGUUUAACCUCAUCCCAUGUCCAUGAACCACAGCGAUAUAAAGGCGCACUUGAAUAUACACUUCUACCUGCUCUUAAAAAGCUGGCGCGCACUCGGCAUUCUGGUGCUGAUUUGGAAGCCGUUGCAACUGCUUUGAAACAAGCGGAGAAAAGUAGUCCCGGCAUAUGUGAUCAACUAAUAAUCGAACUUUUGACGACAAUUGCUCUUCCACAAACUACCGAAAAUGAACUGCAAAUGGCAAUCGAUCGACUCACCACAAGACAUGCUUGA